GAUAAAGCUUUACAUCUCGCCUCGGUACACUCUGCGUGAUGAGAAGGCCGGCAUUUUGAAAUCCCUUCGAAACUUUUUAGAAGGUCAUACUUUUAUUUAAAUUUAUUGAUAAAGAUGGCAUCUGAUCCUAAUCUCAAAGGCAGGGCUCAUCUUUUUAAAAACAAAGGAAAAGAUGCUGAGGAAAUGCGAAGAAGAAGAACUGAAGUAACAGUUGAAUUGAGAAAGAAUAAAAGGGAUUUACAUAUACUGAAACGACGGAAUGUUCCUGCCCAAGAUAGUACUGAUUCUGAAGACAAUGAAAAACCAACAACACAGAAUUUACAAACAAUUGUUCAAAAUGCUGCCAGCAAUGAACCAUCAGUUCAGCUUAGUGCUGUUCAAGCUGCAAGGAAACUGCUGUCAAGUGACAGAAACCCUCCAAUUGAUGACUUAAUAUCAUCUGGAAUUUUACCUAUUCUUGUUGACUGCCUUUUAAAUCAUGAAAACCCAUCACUGCAAUUUGAAGCUGCAUGGGCGCUGACUAAUAUAGCUUCUGGUACAUCAGCACAAACACAGGCUGUAGUCAAUGCAGGUGCUGUUCCGUUGUUUCUGAGAUUAUUACAAUCCCCUCAUCAAAAUGUUUGUGAACAGGCAGUUUGGGCAUUGGGUAAUAUAAUAGGUGAUGGCCCUCAGUGUCGAGACUAUGUGAUUAGCUUAGGUGCUGUCAGCCCUCUCUUGUCUUUCAUCAGCCCCUCAAUUCCUUUGCCAUUUUUACGAAAUGUCGCAUGGGUAAUAGUGAAUUUAUGUCGUAACAAAGAGCCUCCACCUCCACCGGAAACAAUUAAUGAAAUUCUACCUGCCUUGUGUAAUUUGAUUCACCAUGUAGAUAUUAACGUAAGUAUUUACCUGUUUCUAAUCUUUGUUGUCUUUCCUCGUUUGUUCAGUCAAUGUCUGUUUCUACUUCUUUCAUACAAAAUUACUUUGUACUUAGGAAAUGAAUUAUUGAAUUACUUAGGUUUAUUUAUUUAUUUAUUGUUUUCUUUUUCCUUUCCCUUCCAGACUGCAGCUCUUCGUGCUGUUGGUAACAUUGUUACUGGCACUGAUGAACAGACACAAAUUGUCCUCAAUUGUGAUGCACUGCAGCACUUCCCUCCUCUAUUGAUGCAUCCCAAAGAGAAAAUCAACAAGGAAGCUGUGUGGUUUUUAUCAAAUGUCACAGCAGGAAAUCAACAACAAGUGCAGGCAGUUAUUGAUGCAGGCUUAAUUAACUUGAUUAUUCACCACUUAUCACAAGGUGAUUUUCAGACACAGAAAGAAGCAGCUUGGGCAAUUAGUAAUCUUACUAUUAGUGGCAGAAAGGAACAGGUUGGCUAUGUUGUUCAUGAAGGAGUGAUUGGCCCCUUCUGUAAUUUACUGGGAGUUAAAGAUCCACAAGUUGUUAAUGUUGUUUUAGAUGGCAUUAACAACAUAUUGAAGAUGGCUGGUGAUGAUGUUGAAUCUUUAUGCCAGCAAAUAGAAGAAUGUGGUGGUUCGUAUAUUUGCUCUACUUAUAAUUUUUUUUUUUUUUCUCUUUCUUUUAUUUCACAGAUUGAAGAAGAUGCUCAGUUGGUGCCUCAAGCUGCAGAACAGAGUUAUCAAUUUGAUCCCAAUGCUCAAAUCCCCUCUGAAGGUUUCAAGUUUUGAGAAAAUCCACAAAUCGUCUGCUGUGCAUUCAUUGAUCUACGCACUGUUGGAAGCAGAAACAACUUGAAGAUUACUGCAAUCAGUUUUGGGGAUGAACAUACUACUACUACUACUACUACUACUACUACUUCUACAACUACUACUACAAGUACUCUACUACUAUUACUACUACUUUUCUACAUCGUUUACUGCAGUUUAAAAAAAAAAAGACAAAAAAGAACAAAGAAUACACUCAUCAGCAGCAACAGCUACUCUUUACAACAAAUUAUGAGUUUUGUUGGCUUGGCCUCUGUUGCCCUUCUGUUUUCUAGACUUCUUUAUUCUAUCAACUUCAACUCCCAAUACUACUGUCAAGCAACAAUACUAGUCCCCAGUUUUAUUUUAUUUUAUUUAUUUUUUUGUUUUAUUAUGAUUAUUAUUAUUAUUAUUUUAGCUUUUGACUGUCUUUUACUGCCAAACUAAAUUUUUAAUUAUAGUGUUUUCUAAGAAGCAAUCUAUUGUUAUAUAUUUAUAUAUAAUACACAAACCUACACACAUACACACACACACACACACACGUGUGUGUGUGUGUGUGUAUAUAUAUAUAUAUAUGUGUGUGUGUGUAUGUAUAUAUAUAUAUAUAUAUAUAUAUAUAUAUGUGAAUAAUUUAUAUUAUUUAGGCAAUGGAAAAAUUUAUAUAUUUUUUUUUGUGUCUUAGAUCACCCUUUUAAAAAAUGUUUCAGUUUAGCAUUCAAACCCUGUUUGGUUUUCUUUCUUUUCUUUUUUUUCUCUCCUUUCAUUUUUUUAAUGUCUGUUGCUGGUAUUUUUCUCAUCCAGCUUAAAUCGCAUUGUAUUCAAUGCUGUUAUUAUUGUCAGAUUAUUCCCUUCUUCUUAAAGAAAUACCUGCUGAUUGUAGAUCCAUGUUUAUCAUUUAACAGUAAUCCUACUAUUUAGUAGAUUAAAAGGAUUCUUUUAUUAUCAUAAUUCAAUAUUUUAUUAAUUUUGAUCAAAAUACAGGAGAACUAUGCUAAUUCUUAGGUUGCGAUUGUUUCUUAUUCUUCUGCUAAGUUUCAAAAAUGUUCUUAAAUAUGUAAAAAAAAAAAAAAAAUUCAGUCUCUUCUAAGGUACUUGGUUUCAUUUCAUUAUUAUUAUUCCUUCGACUUUUCUUUAUUCCCUAGAAAUAGAGUUCUGUGCUGCUUGGAACAUCUAUUUCAAGAGAUGGCAAAAUUUAAUAUAUAUGUUAUGUGCGUGUAUAUAUAUAUAUAUAUAUAUAUAUAUAUUGUGUGUGUGUGUAUGGCAUGUGUGCAUACAUGCAUAUAUAUGGUGAGUGUCUGUGUGUGUGUAUGUGUAUAUAUAUGUAUAUAUAUAUAUAUACACGCACACACAUAAUAUAUAGGAAGGCAGAAUCAUUUUUCUCUUAAUUAGAAAUAGGUAAUUAUUUUAGUCGGAUCAUCUGUCUUCCAUAGGUUAUUCUUUUUUUUUUCUUUUUUUUUUUUUUUGCUUUUAAUUUUCUUCAUUUGCAUUGAAACAUAAGAAGAAGAAUAUUUUUAUUAUUAUUGUUGUUGAUUGAAAACUGUGCAAAUGUCAAUAUCUUUGACAAAAGAGAAACUUUAAAAAGGAAUUAAAAUAUUAGCCAAGAAUUGUUUUCUUUUGUUAAUGAAGUUGAGUAGAGGAACAAGUGUGAGACUAAAGUUUCUAUUUUUAAUCAGUGGGCUUUGCAGUAGCUAUCUCAUUGCAGCACUGGUUGGACACAAAGAUAAGGGUUCCUGUUGAAUUAUUCUUUACUAUGGGGAAAUAGCCAUAAUAUCAUUUCCCAGUUAUCGCUGAAUUUAUUAGUUAUCAUUGAUAUUGGUGUAUGUGUUAGCUUUAUUAUAAUUACUAUUAUUGUUAUUACUAUGAUUAUUAUUAUUAUUAUUAUUAUUAAUGCAUCUAGUAAAUUUUUAUGAUGCUGUGAUUUCUCUGCAGAAUGUAUUGGAACUAAGUUGUGAAUGUUGGUGCUGGUGGUGCAUUGUUGCUAAAAAUUGAAUGAUGUAAGGGCUUCUUGAAAAUUACUUUAAAAAAACCUUCCUCUUUUAUAUAUAGUUUAUAAUAAACAUUCCAGCUGCUCUUUCUUUCUAAAGUGACUAAGUUAAACUAAGUGGUAGUGGUAUCAUGUUUUCACUUCUCACCUGAUGGUAGUAGCAUGGGUUUCCUUGCGGGUCUGACCUAGCAAAGUAUUUACGACUACUACUGAUCUUGUUGUAUGAUGCUCCAGUAAGGCCGUUUAUCGACGACACAUUACUUGUGUAUCGACCAAACUGACUGUUUAGAUUUCCUUUCUCUAUAUGAUCCACUUGAUUACAUUAGCAAUUCUCCGAUGAAUUUUGCUAAUUAGUUAUUAAUUUUACUGGUCAUCUCUCUCUCUCUAACCCAGUUUGAUUUAGAAAAGAAUAGGUAUUUCUGGCUUCAAACUUUAAAACUGGCCAACUAAUUUAUACAAUAAUUUUAAUAAAAAAAAAAACAAAACUUGACUCUGUCUUUAUCCUUUUCAGAAGAUGGCUGAUUUGGAAGUUUGAGAAAUUGGUGAUUUGAAAUAUAAAUCUUUAAAGAUGUCAAAAAAUGAAAUUCGGGAAUGUGUGUCUAUAUUCUCUGAAAUGUGAACCUGAAGAAUGGAGGUGGUGAUUGUAAAUUUAAAAACUAUAAAUUUGUAUGACUGAAUGUGUGAAUGAGUGUUUAUCAAGUGUGAAGGUGCUAUUUCUCUUAACAUUGACUGAUUGAAAUGCUGUGAAAUAUUUCAGGAUAUUCUUGAAUGAAAAGACUGACUGCUAUGGUCUCUAUACCACUCUUGUGAGUGUGUCUCUUAUCAACUGUGUGAUAUUGAACGAAGAGCUGGGUGAAAGCUAAAAUUUACUAGUGUAACUUACUCUACCAACAAUAUGAUUUUUCUGUCCAUGCUAUACAGGCUUAGCAAUGAUGAUUGUAAUUUUCUAAUACACUGUUAAAAUAAAACUUUGUAACGAAUGUGUAUAUGUGGAAUUUUAAAAAAAAAUUUUUUUUUUUUAAACGUUUCUACACAAACUUACCACAAGUUUUUCUCUGUGCAACAGAAACUUUCAAAGCACUUUGGUGGAAUGGCUGCUUAGAAUGUUUAAUUGGUCAAAUUAUGAUACUUCUGUUUAACCCAUUCACUGGGUUAUUUGGUUGUCCUCAUAACAGUGGUACACUUGUUGCACAUGGAGUUUUACCAAUAAGUUUUCUUUUUUUAUUACUGGCCGGCCCUACCUUUGUAUCUAUUUAUACACAGCAUUACUUCUCACUGGGCACAGGUUUGGAAAAUAGCAGUUAUUAUUGCUUUGCCUGUAUUUUAAUGUUGAUAGUUUCUUAAAAUUAUUGUUUUUGUUUUAUUGAAACAAAUCCACAUACACAUACAGCUAGUUUUAAGAAAUAACUUGCAUGCCACCUUCUUUUAGAGUUGAAUAGAACUCCUUUUUUUUUUAAAAAAAAAAAAUAAAAAAUAACAAAAUCCCACAAAAAUUAUUUUCAUUACCUUCAAGGUAGGUUACCACUAGUUAUGGAACUAAUUGAUUUAUUUCAAACUAAAAUUAUAAGCUAACGUUUUCCAUGUCUUAUCAACUCUGUGGCCUUUUAAGCUUUAUCAAAAAAACAACGUCCAGCCAUAUGUUUAUUAAAUUGUGAAUUCUAACUGAACAAAAUACAUGGAUAUUAUUUGCUAGAAAACUUCAUUCUUAACUUCUCUAAUUCUGUUUUAUCUGUUCUAUUUUAUACUUUUUUUUUUUUUUUUUUUUUUUUUUUUUUUUUAGUUUCCUACCUGUACAGAAUCCUCUAUUGUCACCUAGUCAAUAAAAAGUGGCUAUAUUUCUUCUCAAGUUCACUUGCAAUUCCAUUUUUUUUUUAUUGCGUGCAUUUUUUCUUUCUUCCUUUCUUUUUUUUUUAUUAUUGUUGAUGACAUGUCUUCUUCGUUCAGUGUGGCAUGUCAAGUUUUAUAAUGAGAUUUAAUGUUCUUUAUUAUAGUCCUUACAACAGUUUCUUUCCAGUUAUUCAAAACAUUUUAGGUUGGCAGCUGUGAAAUUGAUAGUCCAAUGUUUGAUAAAUUUUGAUAAUUACAGAACUAAAUUCUCAACCUGACUAGCAAAUGUCUCUCAUAUAACUUGAAAAAUUCCUUAAUUUUUAAAAUAUUAUUUUUGACAUUAUUUCCUUUCCUAAAUAUUUUAACCUGAUCAAUAUUUUUUAUUCUUAGAUUCAACAACUUCUGUAUCUAUUGGAUUUUUCAAAAUUUUUAAAACGGACAUUUAAAAAAUUAUUUUUAAGAAUAGUGAAGCUUGAAGCAGAUAAAGCUAUAAAAAAAUAAACUGUAAACAUUGGAUUAAAAAUCAUUCAGGCAGUAAGUCGAAAAAGCUGGUCAUGGAACAUGCACCUACAUAUUCUGUAAACAUGACAGUUCUAGCAUUGGACCAAAGCAAUCCUUCAAAAUUUCUCUAUCCAAAGGGUUUUUGACCCAAUAUUUAUUGCUUUAUUUGCUUUGAGAUUCACCAUUCCUAAAAUUAAUUUCCCGUUCUCAAAGUUUCUAAAUUCUUAGACAUAUUUUGUAUUGUUGCUUUUUACUUGCAACACUUAUAACGGUUCAUUCUUAUUUCCAUACAGCCAAGUUUGACAACUUUUGUAUUUUGUAUUGGGAAAGAAAAACAAAACAAAACAAACAAAAGGAGUGGUUGAAACUGAAAUAGAUUUUUGAACAUUUCUCUAGCUAUGUCAGAGCAACAGCAAAAUAGAAAAUAUCUCGUAACUUAAUCUUGUAUGAUGGCCGCAGGUGGUUGUAAAAACAUUUCAAAUGAAGACUUCAGUCUCUCUGACUUAGUGGUAAUGACUUUUCACUAAAAUGAAUUUAAGGCUUUUUUUUUUUUUUUUUUUUAGUUUGAUUUCCUGUUUUAGUGAAGAAUUUAGUCAGUCACUAUAAAGCUUGUUUCUUUGAAAAUAAAUAUCAUAAACAUCACCUUCCGUCCAUAACAUUGUGAAACCGUUUGUCCUAACUCGAUUCAUAUCUUCUUCAAACUUUUAGCAUUAUAGAAAUUUAACAAUGACAACAAAAUUUGGCUGUGAUAUUAAUAAUUAAAAUAACCAAAAAACAUUUAAGUUGCUUGUAAAAGGGAACAAAUUCUGAAUUUAGUUAUUAACUACUUUUAAACAUAUCAAUAAUCUUUUAUCUAGCUAUACUGAAUAAAUUUACCAAAACCUUUUGGAAUAUCACUUUUAUAUAUUUUUUGGUGCCACUUUAGCAUGCAGUCUAACCCAUUCCUAAACCCUAACUCUAACCUCAAUCCAACCCUGAUCCUUCACCCUAACCCUGAUCAGGUACUUUCACAGUAUAAAUAAAGGAUACUGUGGUAGACUGCAUGCUAAAGUAGUAUCACUCCCUAUUUUUUCUUUCCAAAUAGGGCUUCAUAUAAAUGGGAAUUUUACAUUUAAAGAUAGACUUAUUAUUUUUAGGAAGACUUAUAUUAUAAUGAAUUUUUAAACUUCAGUUUCCUGCUGCCAACUUUUCUCUCUAAACCGCUCUACACUAGCCAACCAAAUGUUAGUGUGUGUAUACAUAAAUAGAUUUUAUUUUACUGUUUUCUAUUUCAAUGUAUUUUCAGAAUAACUGGAUUUUUUUGUAUAUAUUGAUUUUCGGUUUUCUUUAACAAUAAUUUUCCAAAUCAAAUCACUGUUUGAUUGUUUUUAUAACCUGGGGGUCAUUUUAACUCUUUUACUUUGUAUAAGAGUUGAUUUUUCCAGUUCCAGAUUCAUAGAAUGUAAUAGUCGUUCCGAGAUGAUACUCAAAGGAUUUGAUUUGAAGAAUUCAGUUAGAAUGAAACAAUUUCUAAAUUCAUUAAUGCAACACUUUGCUACUAAUUAGUUAACGAAUAAGAAAAACUUUGCAGUAGAACCAUUUUGAAAAGAAAUGAGGUACUUUCUCACGAUUAUGAUUUUAUACAGUUAAUUCACUUAUCUUGUGUGUGUGUAUGUACACGCACAAGCACGUGUGUGUGUGUGUAUACACACAUAUGCAUAUGCAUAAAUAUAUACAUGUAUGUAUACAUAUAUGCAUGAUAUUUUAAGUGAGGUCUUGAGCACACAGUUUAAAUAUUUAGAUGGAAGACAUUGUUUAAAGAAGAUUGUUAAAAUGGCCCCUUGUGACAUCCUGGCUUCAUAACUUCCGGUUUAUUUUAAAGUCCAGUCAGAUUGCUGUAUCUUGAAUAUUCAAUAAAGAAACCAUUAUAUCCAG